AAGGGAUUCAUGCUUGUGGAAGUAAGGAGCCUGCGACAGAAUUUUCACAUUUCAUUUCCCGAAGAUAUUCGGCGACCAAUCGCGAGAGAGAGAUUGAUUACGACACCAGCAGACGGCGUUGGGCGUUAGGAUGUCGCGCUGGUAGGACUAGAUGCGAAAUGUAUGGGACAACUUCAAGCCAGUGGACUUUAUUCUUGACAAUUCCCCUUCUCCUCCUGCUUACACUUGGAGGUUCUAGGCAACACUUGGCAGCGCCGUAGCCUCCCACUUUGCUCAAGACUUGGUCCCGCCCCACCCCGCUCUCUGUGUCAUCGCCUCUCUUCCGCUAUCAUUCGUGUAGGUCAUAAGUUUGGGGUGCUUAUUAUCAUCUGUCCUGCCAUGGGCUUUACAUCAUCACGACAAAUAGACAAAGACCUCCCCGCUUUGCCAGUACUAUCCGAACUGGCCUCUUCGGAGUGAAGGAGGCGAGCUCAUCGUCACCACAAACUGAGCAGGCUCGUCAUCUGGAGGGGUUUUGAUUUUGGGUACUAUGCACACGUCUAGAGCCUUCAUCGCUCGCUUUUUUGUGGGGUUAGGCAGAAGUUUAUCCACGAGUGCAGACAGAGUGGACAGAUAGUUUGCAGGUUGUAGACUCUGGUAUCUUGUGCCUGUUUGUCAAGCUGGGCCUCGCCAUCACUCUAGCAAUCACUUGGGUAUUGGUGGUGAUGGUGAUGAUGAUGGGGCUACUGAACGUUGAGAUCUGAGGGUUAGUUUCGUGGUUGGAGUGAGGAGUGGAUUUGGAGUUUGGUGUGGAGCGGCUGAUGGGGACUUCUUGUUGACCAGAUGACUGUUGAUUGUGGGUUCGCCAUCUGGCUAUAGCGGGAGUAUGAUAGAAUGAGGAAUCAUGAGUCUGAGGUUUGGAGCUAAGGGAUGGGGAAUUAAACUGCCAUGGAGGUUGAGGCAAGUUGUGUUGUAGAUUUUGACAGAUUUGGAGGCCGGGCCGGAUUCUAGAAAUUGGUCUCUAAGAUUGCACAACUGCAUUCCAUGAGCAGGGAUCAUUUGUUCACAGGUUGUCUCAAUGCUCUGAGAGUGUGCAGGAUAGGUGUUUGAGCAUUCACUUUGGCUCCUGCUGAUUGGCUCCUGUUCCUCACCUCAUAACCUUGGCAGCCAUGGAUCAGCAUGCUAUACGUGUGUUGAAAGCUGCGCCGUUGUUACUCGCUGGCGCUUACACAUCGUAUCUCCUAUAUGGGCGUGCAGGGGAGCCCGUAGAAGCCUUCGGAAAUCACUGUCAGAUGCCAGGACCGUUGUACAGUUGGAGGUUUGGUGUCCCGGCUGUUGAUGAUUUUCUUUGUGUAGUGGUGCAAUCUUUCAGACAAGGGUUAAGCACAGCGGAAGGAACUUGGAUAACGGGUUAUUUGAUUACGACCUUAGUGUCAGCUUAUGCAUUUCUGGCAGUGGAAGGGUCGAGGCAAAAGGCUGGGUGGUUCCUGUCACUCAUCCCAUUGCAUGCAUUACUAUUUAUGCUGGUUGGCAUUUCAGUUGUUGUACCUGCUAUUUGGCUGCCCUCGUACAUUCUCUACAACGCCGGCGACAGGACACCUCGGGAAAUAUGGCGCAAGAAGGUGUCCAUGGUUAGAAUAGGUGCCAUAGCUCUUUCCCUCAUCCUUUUGAAACUGAGUGCUAUAGCUAUAUUUUUCCCAUUUUCUGAAAAGGGAAAGGAGAUCUCUAUUCUUCUCUUCCAAAUCGCUCCUAUCGCCCUGGCAUGCUUGUGGAUGCUGCUAUCCCCCGCUUCAGAAGGGGUUUCUCAAAUGCGAGGCCACCGUCGAGUCAAGGCCAUGCACCUCUUGCAAGCCGAGGCAGGCCUCAUCUGGCAUCUUAUUGGGGUCUUAUACAUUAUCCGUGACCCUGAAAUCCCUUGGAGAGUAUUUAAGCUGUUGCACUCCUGGUCCAACACUGAGUUCCAAGCAUUCUUCCUCCUCGUGGAUGUGUCCGUCCUCUUCCUUGGAUUCAUGUACGUCAUUGUCCUGGAAGAUGGCACCGACAUAGCCUCCCUUGUAGCUCUUGGGAGUGUGCUUCUGGGUCCAGCCUCCGCCCUGUCUGCCUACUUCGCAUACCGAGAGGACAAGAUACUUCAAGCAGUCAUCGUCCAAGAACGCUCCAAAGAUUUCUAACACUACUUUCUGCCUACCUCACUUUCAUUGUCAAUUGAAUGUUUUUCUUUUUUUCUUUUUCCACCAGCGUAGGGACUUUUGAUCGUCAUCAACAAACAUAGCUUGCUUGAUGACUUGUUCGUUCCUCCAGGUGCUGUUAUACUUCGCUCCUCAUCCCUCCUGUCAAGGCAUCGGAUAGCACAUGACUAGACAAUCCUUUCUCAGAGAAAUGAAUAGCUUAUUCUGUCUAUUUCCUUUUUUCUUUUUCUCGUUUUUUUUUUUUUUUUUUUUUUUUUUUUCCACCAUUAUGAAGACGAUCUUCGUCCUCAGUGGUGAUGUAGCUCGCUGUCCUUGCUUGUCAUGCAAUUGCAAUCCAACUGUGAGGUAGAGUCUAGUGCCCCAAUAUUUUCAGCAUGUACAUCCUCAGUUCCAGUGUUUUCAACCUUGUUAAUGUGUGUACUCCAUAUAUCUGAAGCAAGUGAAGCUAUUAAAAGUGGUAGAUUCAUUGCAUGGUCUUCAAGAGCAAUUCC